GGGAAGUUCGUUUCUGUUUUUGUCGUAAUGUAUGGUCACUUCUUUGGACAAGAAGCACUUCUGUAGUAACAGUCAUAACGAAUUUUUUUAAUUAUGGAUGAAACAGAGUUACGGCCCAACCUUGGUAGAUUUGUGGACAUAAUCAAUAGACCAGUAUGUGAAUCCGAAACGGUUGAGGAUUUGAAGCCCAACGGUGUUUAUCAACCACCACACUUGACCCCAGUCUUUUUCGAGGAAAGCAAGAAAAAACCGUCAAUAGAACGAGCCAAGUUGAGAGCAGCUCGGUUUAUUUUAGAAGACACUGAUUUAAAUGAAUCAGAAGAUUUACCUAAAGAAGUUUAUUUUGGAUGUGGUUCCGAAGAAAGUUUUACACGAAGAAAAAUGAAAGAAAAACAGAAUUAUGAAGAAGAAAACUUUACUCGUUUGAAAAUAACAAAACAAGAAAAACGAAUUGAACGCUCUUUACUCCCAAAAGGUUUAUCCGAUACUUCCUCAAGACUGAGACAAAUGCAAAUACUUUUACAAAGUGGAGAUCACUGGAUUUUCGAAUAAUUUCAAUACAAUGAAGUGAUAAAUGAGAACUAUGUACAGAUGGUGCUGUUAAUGUUGGUGAUAAUGAAAGUGGAAUCGAUUGAGGCAAUACGGAAGAAGAACAAAGUAAAUUUGGUCGAUAUGAAAUGAUUUUUGAUAAAUCAGUAUUAUUAUUAUUAUUAGUGUUCAAAUUAUCUUUAUCAUUUGUACUAAUUAAAUUAAACGCCGUUUGUUCGAAUUGGCUGUGAUGAUUCACUGGCGACAGUGACCUUGUCGAUGAUAAAGAUGAAGAGAAGCUAGUAAAAUAUUUGUCAUUUACAUGAUAACUAACUUUAUUUUGAUAUGUUAACGGUGACAACACUGCAGAAUUAAUUAAAGAUUUGUAAUCAUUUGGUUUAUUAUUGAAUGUAAAAUGUUGUCUAGUCAAUAAUAAUUCAGAUGUUGAUACACUACGUUUGAUUUGUCCAACCAAAAGUUUUUGUGGAGUAUUCACAGAAAAAUGAUCAUGAUAAUGGUGAUUAUCAACUGUUUGAUCAGGUUCAUCUGUCAAUCUGUCAUGAUUUAUAUAUUUUGUACCUACUUCAUUACGAUUAGAUGACAGACAUCGAGGAAAAUAUAUACGUGACCUUAAAUUUUGAUCUGAAUUAUUAGUUUCAUUGUAAUUCCCAUCAUUAUUGAGUGAUUGUGUUGACGCGGAUCGUACUCGAGAAUUAUUAGCAAGCACAGUAUCGGACAGUAGCAAUCCAUUAUGUAGUCCCUUAACAUAAUCAUGAUUUGAGCGAUUGAUGAGGAUUCCCUUACACGUUUUUGACAUGCAUCGAUCAUUGAUUUUCUCUAUACCAUCGUCCAUAGAUAUCUUAUUUUUUCGAUGAACAUCAUCCUGCUUGUCGACCUCAUCAUUAUCAUCUUGAUUUUUAUCACCAUCAAGAUUAAAUGUUACACGUUCACUACGUGAAUUGCGUACGGUAACAAGUGGAUAUUUCACUACCUGUAUACCCUUAUUAAACUUUUCUUUUCCAGUAAACUCAUCAUUCAUCAAAUCAUUAAUCCUAAAAUUUGACUGUUCCUCAGCGAAUGAUUGCCAGGCAAGUGAAGUUGAUGGUUUUUUGUAUUCCAACUGUGGUAGUAGUGGUUGUUGUUGUUGUUCUUCACUGUAUGAUGCUGCUGAAUAUUUGCCAUCUAUGUUAUCAUCUGUAUAAUUAUUACUAAUUGUUAUCGUUGAAUAUCGAUUUGUACUAUUAGAUUCUGUAUCUUUCACAUCACUUAGACUAUUAGUAACACAUGUUAAAUGUGGCAAUGAAUGUGUUCUAUUUUGAUGCUGCUUUCCUGAGUGGUGAUGAUGAUGUUGAUAAGCAGCUGUAAAAUAAUCCGAUUCUGUGAUACUAUGUGCCAAACUACUAGUUGUUUUCUCCAACGAUUGUACAGUUCGAGAUAAGCCACCGACAGACUCAUUAUUAACUGAUUCAUUUCCAUCUCCAUUAAAAUCGAAAUGACAUGUAAUUGCUUGGCCUCGUACACCCCAAGGACGUCUAGGUUCUUCCUCCUAAAAAGCAGUGAACAACAAAAAUAAUAAAAAUUUCAACCAAGCAUUACGUGUUAAAUAGGUUACAGUCAAAUUUAAUACGAAUGAUUGUGGAGAAAAUGAAUACUGUUU